CUAUACCUAUGUAUGAAAGCAAGUGUACCUACCUCACUGUAAUAGUUUUUCCCGAUGGGAUAUCAACUAAUGUCUUCCUAUGCUGUGUGAUGAGUGGAAGUGUCAGAAAUGUAUUUACUAAAAACCACCCCGGUAACCUUUCAGAUAAUCUCACAGGCUCGGCAAGCAUGGGCCCUAAUGGACUACCUAUCAUACGGUUUACAUGAGCGCUAACACGUGCACCUGCACGUAAACUCAGACACUAAUUGAAUAAGUGUUCAACAGACAACAGAUUAAUAGUUAACACCAUGCCUGAAGUGAAGCUGGAGGAGGUCCGUCGGUUUAUGGAGGACGCCCUCAAGUCUGUGGGGGCUCCCGAGUCGGAGGCGAGGGCCCACGCGGACCUGCUGAUGCACGCCGACACGGUGGGACAUUACAGCCAUGGAUUAAACCGACUUGAAUUCUACGUAAACGACUGCCAAACGGGAACGUGCAUACCGGCUGCUAAGCCAGUCAUCCUUAAGGAGUCUGGUGCAACCGCGUGGGUGGACGGUAACAACGCCCUAGGGGCUACUGUCGGCAACUUCUGCAUGAACAUCGCCAUCAAGAAGGCUAAGGAAUGCGGCGUUGGAUGGGUUUCCGCAAAGCAGAGUAACCACUACGGCAUGGCUGGGUACUGGGCGUUGCAAGCGGAGCGUGAGGGUCUCAUUGGUUUAGCUUUCACCAACUCUUCACCUAUCAUGGUUCCCACCAGAUCCAAACAGAGGGCGUUAGGAACAAAUCCCAUUGCUAUGGCAGCGCCCGCGUCAGGAGGUGAUAAGCUUGUAGUGGAUAUGGCGUCCACCACUGUAGCUAUGGGAAAGAUUGAAGUACAGAUCCACAAAGAAGAGCCAAUACCUGAGGGUUGGGCUUUGGGAACUGACGGGAGACCAACAACUGACUCCAAAGCAGCGUUCCAAGCUGGUAUGCUGAUGCCACUGGGUGGCGAGGAGAAGACUAGUGGCUACAAGGGUUAUGCCCUCAGCGCAAUGGUUGAGGUUUUCUGUAGCGGAUUAUCUGGAUCCAAGUCGACACAUAACAUACGUAACUGGGAGUUGUCGAGUGCUCAAGGUCCGCCAGACCUCGGGCAGUGUUUCGCCGCCAUAAACCCGAGCUGCUUCGCACCCGGCUUUGCUGAGAGGAUCGCUGAUUGUCUGAACACCUGGAGGAACUUAGAACCGGUUGACCCCUCUCUACCCGUCUUAGCACCAGGAGAUAAGGAACAGAUGACAAGUGAGAAGACCAAAGCUAAAGGAACGGUCUUCUAUCCGCAGAAACAAAUAGAAACCAUGGAAGCAAUGGCCAAGAGGAUCGGUAUUAAACCUCUUCAAACGGUGUAGACAACAUUCGUAGAUCAGAUAUUGUAGAAUAAGAUACAUUAAGAUUUUAUAUCGGAACCACACGAAUGCAAAACCUUAACAGUGUAUCAUAAUCUUCGACAAGUGAAUUUGUGCCUUAAUUGGUUUCACACCGGUUUUUAACUCCUAAAACGAAACCAAGUGGUUUAGAGAUUUGAGGUUUUCAGCAAGUGCUGAUCUUGUGGUUCCGGUGUCAAGUCAAAUUGCGGCAGUAAAUAAUAUAUGUGCUUAUUAACUGUAAGAUAACCUAGUAUAAUGUUAGGCUAAUAAUUUAAAGCUACAUUCGCUUAAGUGGUAUGAAUGUAUCUUCGAGAGCCGCUAGCGAAUUGCCACACAAACAUUAUGAAACAGUUAUAUUGGAAAUAAUAUUACGCAUUAUAGU